AUGAAGAUGGCGGAAGUGGCCGUGGCGGUGCCCGCGGGUAGGUACAACGACACUGCCGCGGCUCUAGGCUGCAUUGCAAGGUCCAGGCGGUGCGGCGUCACCUGCUUCUGGAGCCCGGAUGCCGCCAUGUACUACGUUCCAACCCUCCUGACGCUGGCGAUUGUCUUUGGCGUGGUGUUUACACUUUGGAAUGAAUUGGGCGUUUUUGAGCUCUGCGUCGUGCUCGCACUCCUCUCCACCGCCUUCGUCUCCUCCUUCUUGGUGACCUGCACCGACCCGGGCGUGUACCCGCGGCUUCGUCGUGGUGAACCGGACCCGCUUCACGGCGCCCAGGAAUUGGUGCUUUGUCGCGUGUGCGGGCUGCGGCGUCCCCCACGCACCGCGCACUGCUACCAGUGCAACGUCUGCGUGGAGGAGCACGACCACCACUGCGGCAUUAUCGGCGGAUGCGUCGGUCGGAGGAGCCUCCGCUGGUUUGUGCUGUAUCUUGUCACGGUGAGUAGUGCGUCGGCUAUAGGCGUCUUUUGGAUCUUUCGCUCGUUGGUCAACGGGGGCUUUGCCACGGCACAGCGACGACGGGACGCCAGAAAUGACGCUUGGAAUCGUGUCGGGCAUUCCUUGGCCGCACGGGGCACGGGCGAGGACGGCGCCGUGGUCGCCGUCUUGUUGGUGAUGCUGUUCCUCGUGCUACUCCUCGUCCUGCUCUUUGUUGGGGGCCUGGCCCUCUUCCAAGUGUGCCUGCUGCUGACCUCGACCACGCGGCGCGAGUCGCAGCGCAUGGAGUCCAAGUUAGCCGCUCUCUUGCGACCCAAAUUGAUGUGGGAGAACUUGAUGCGGGUGGCGUAUCCGCCGCCGUCGAAGCUAUUUGCCCCCACGCCUCCUCAAGACUCCGUCGUCUGA